GCUUCCCGGUUGGCGUGUCCAGAGCACACCGUCGUUUUUCAGGUGUGGGGAAGUCAUGCCUCCUCCUACAGUUCACCGAUAAGCGGUUCCAGCCUGUGCACGACCUCACAAUAGGUGUGGAGUUUGGAGCCCGUAUGGUCAACAUUGAUGGAAAGCAAAUCAAACUGCAAAUCUGGGAUACGGGUGGCAUGUGAGCAAGUUUCUGUCUCUGGAAAUAACCUAGUUUUACUGGGAUUUUUUGUUGCUGUGUUGAUGGUAAAGGCUGGGCAAGAGUCCUUCCGUUCUAUCACCCGUUCCUACUACAGGGGAGCAGCUGGGGCACUGCUGGUGUACGACAUCACACGACGUGAAACCUUCAACCACCUAACAUCAUGGUUAGAGGAUGCCCGCCAGCACUCGAGCUCAAACAUGGUUAUCAUGCUGAUCGGAAAUAAAAGUGAUCUAGAAUCCCGGAGGGAUGUGAAAAGAGAAGAAGGAGAGGCCUUUGCUCGGGAGCAUGGCCUUAUAUUCAUGGAAACAUCAGCCAAGACAGCCUGCAAUGUUGAAGAGGCCUUCAUUAACACAGCCAAAGAAAUAUAUAGGAAGAUCCAGCAGGGUUUAUUUGAUGUCCACAAUGAGGCAAAUGGCAUUAAAAUUGGGCCCCAACAGCCAAUUUCAACAUCAUCAGGACCAAGUUCCUCGCAGCGGAACGCUUGUGACACAGGCCCUGACUCUGGCUGCUGCUGAGCAUCUGACAUCGGCCUGAACUCUUUUUUUUUUUUUUUUUUUUUUUUCCUUUGCUGGAACAGCUUCAGAUCAAUCAGCUUAAAGAAAGAGGUCUUACUUGCUUUGGCUGAGAGCAGGCUCUUUUCAAUGUGCGAUGUUUCACCCUUCACUUAAAACACAGGAGAAAAUUGGGCCCUUACUAACCUGUCCCCUCCGUUAGGGACACAAGUAUUCCAUAUAGAUCAGGACUCCUCUCAUCCUCUGAUUUCUAAAAUGUUAGGAUCAAAGUUGAUUGUCACAGUAGUUAAAAAAUAAACAACUUACUAAAUAUCUACAUGUGUUUGCUAGGUGUGGUGGCAAACACCUGUAACCCAGCACUCGGGAGUUUUGGCAGGAGGAUCUCCGUGAGCUUUGAAGUCAGUCUGGGCUACAUAAGUAUUACCAGGCUAAUAGUAUACACGGCUGACAUAGUAUCAUCCUGUCUCAAAAAGAAAAAAUAGAGAAAGGAGAAAAAAAUGCAUAUAUCUGUUCUUUGCCUAAUUUUUAGUAGCUAGGGUGAAGGAUAUUCUGAUCAAACAUUUAGUACUAAGGAUCUGGAUAAUUUGGAUGAUAACUCUGUACAUAGUAAUUUCACUGAGUUCAUUUCUAUGUUGUGGAAACCCGCUUGUCAUUUCCUAAGAGUUCCUGUAGCAGCUGGGUGCCUUGGUACUAGUUUCUUUUUAUUUAUUGUGCGUGUGCAGAACCUUAAUUGCCAUUCUGCAGGAGCCCACCACCUUGGUUUUUGAGACAGCAUCUCUCACAGGAACCUGGAGCUUCAUGAUUAGACGAGGCUAGCUGGCCCUUUUCAUUGCUAGUUCCUGGUUGUUAAUUACAGAACUUUGAGAGCAGCAGAGUUGGUGCUGGACCUGUAACCACAUCGUUUACUUAAAGAAAUGUUAGUUUUUCAUUUUGUUUAGGAGACCAGUUCUAGCAUUACAGUUUAUUUCACCAAAUUGAUUCCUACUGUUUCAUCAUUCUUUCUUUUACCUUAUUUUUUGUUUUGAUGUGUGUGUGUGUGCAUGCAUGUAUGUGUUGUUUGAGAGGGGUGUGCUAGAGAUCAAAUCUAGGUUCUUAAACAUACUAGGUAAGUGCUGUACCACUUGAGCUAUAUAUACCCUUAGAAGCUUUCUCUUACUUUUUUGUUUUGAGGCAAGUUGCCCAGGCUAGCCUUGAACAGCAGGCCUUAAAUUUGGAAUCCUGAUACCUCAAUUUCCAGGUAGCUGGAUAUACUCCUAACCAUAUCUAUUAGACUUGUACUCUAAUCAAUCUAAUUGGCUUACUGAAGAUGACAUAUUUCUUCCAACUUCUAUGUCUCUGCAUGUGCUCUGCCCUCUACUAACAUUCCGCUGACUUUCUCCUUUAGGGGAUCCUUGGUGACUGGCCUAGAGAGUUCUAAGAAAUGAUUCACACAGUAUCUCUUAGCAUUGCUAUCUCGGUUAAUUUUAUAUAUAUAUAUAUAUAUAUAUAUAUAUAUAUAUAUAUAUAUAUAUUUGUAUUUGUUUUACCUUGUAAAUAUGUUUUGUAGGCUUUAUUUUUUGGAGGGGUUCUCUCUCAUAUAGGAUGUAAGCUCUGUGAGAGCAGGGUCCAUGACAUUCCCAAUUCAUCACACCAUUCUUUACCCUGUGCAAUUUAUGAUCUGAAAUUUGAGUGGCAUACUUUAAAGCUUAAGGCUUUAAACUUUGAAAGAAACAAAAGGCCUUAGAGUUGUGUCUUUGUAAAUGUAUCUGUUUUCCCCAUCUGCUUAUCCUGGGUUCUCUGUUGCUCUUCUGUCCUGCCUCUCCUGCCUCCAUUCUGUGCCGCAAACAGUAGGGACGCCUGCAGCCAGACUCACCCGCUCCCUAGACUGUGUAAUGCGAUUGCCUCUGCUUUACUCCGCACACCACCUUCUGGGACAGUUGCUUUCUUUUUUACUUGUUUCACUUGUCUUUCUUUCACAGCACUGAGGUCUCACCAAAUUUUCUAGUUUUUUAUUGUUAAUGACUGUUUUACUAUUAAAUAUAUGCAUGAUCCAA